UGCUCCUUUUCUCUCCCUGACUACACUACAUUUUCUCUCUGGAUACUGUUUUGGUUUGUUCCUUGUAGGAUUUGAUAAUUUUUUCAGUCCAAACCAACCACUGAUUUUGGAUAUUAUUGAUUUUCUGAAGACAGGAGAAUGGCCUUAAAACCACAAGAUGUUUUCUCUUACAAAGACUCAGAACUUCCCACCCGCCUUCAUGCCCAGCUCAACAUCCUGCGUCAGGAGCGUACCCUGACAGACGUCCUGCUCUGCACCGAGCAACAGGAGAUCCCCUGCCACAGGAACGUCCUGGUGUCCAGCAGCCCGUACUUCCGUGCCAUGUUCUGCAGCAACUUUCUGGAGAGCAGUCAGGCCCGAGUGAAUCUGAAGGGGAUCUCUUCAGAUGUCCUCAGUGGCAUAGUGGACUACGUCUACACAGGUUGCAUCACUAUCACCAUGGAGAUCGUGCUCCCACUCAUGCAGGCGGCCUCCAUGCUUCACUAUGGAGGUCUCUUCGAGGCCUGUUCCCUGUUCCUCCAGGAGCAGCUGAGUCCAGAAAACUGCCUGAGCAUGAUCCGCCUCUCUGAGAUCCUUCACUGUGAGAGCCUGAAGGAGAGGGCGAAGGAGAUGGCCGUGAGGUGUUUCUCUGACGUAGCCGCCACAGAGGACUUCUGUGAGUUGUCCCUUCCUGAGCUCAUGUGUUACCUAGAGGACGACCGACUCUGCGCUGAGGAAGAACAAGUGUUUGAGACCCUCCUGGCGUGGAUCCACCAUGACCCGUUCUCCCGACGCGGCGCCAUCCAUGAUCUCUUCAAGAAAGUCCGCCUUCGAUACAUCCAUCCAACUUACCUGUUCCAGUUCAUCGCCAACGACCCAUUGGUGCAGUCCUCAACCCUCUGCACUGAGAUCAUUGAGUCAGUGCGCCGCCUCAUGCUUUCAGUCAGCACCAAGUGUGGUCGAGAGCUCAAGCCGCUCUGGACCACUCCACGACGUUACACCUGCAGAGAAACACUGGUGGUGGUUGGAGGACGCAAGAACAAUGAGCAGACCUCACGAGAAGCUCUACUGUAUGAUGAAAGGACUCAACGUUGGCAGUGGUUGGCCAAGCUCCCUCUGCGCCUCUACAAAGCUGCAUAUGUGUGCAUUCAUAGCAUCCUGUACGUGCUCGGCGGGCUCAGCCUCUGCAUGACGUCAGGUGACAGCUCAGUCAGCGCCACAGUGUACACGCUCUCCCUGAAGACCAACCAAUGGCGCACUGCUGAACCCAUGUUGGAGCCACGAUAUGCCCACCAAAGUGUGUCCUACCUGCACUUUAUUUUUGUGUUAGGAGGCAUUGGGGUUGACAAGAAGAUCUCUCAGUCCGUAGAGAGAUAUAACAGUAUGUUUAAUCAGUGGGAGGCCAUGGCACCAAUGCCCACAGCCGUGCUGCAUCCAGCUGUUGCAGCCAGUGAUCAGCGGAUUUAUGUUUUCGGAGGGGAGGACGCCAUGCAGAAUCCAGUUAGACUGAUUCAGGUGUAUCACAUUUCUCGCAACUUGUGGUCCAGGCUGGAAACAAGGACGGUUAAAAAUGUGUGUGCUCCUGCUGCUGUCAUUGAAGAUAAGAUCUACAUCAUAGGAGGAUACACCAGGCGAAUGAUCGCCUACGACACAAAGGCCAACAAAUUCAUCAAGUGUGAGAACCUGAAGGAGCGGCGGAUGCAUCACAGCGCUACAGUCAUCAACAACAAGCUCUACGUCACCGGUGGACGGAUCCUCAACGGCCACGAUGUCAUCGAGGACUCAGACUGCUUCGAGUGUUACGACCCCAAGACGGACGUUUGGACCUCGAAAGGUUCUUUGCCUUACAAGCUGUUUGACCACGGCUCCCUGCCUCUAGUCUGCGUCUCCAAUAGACCAAACCCACCAUGACCCAACAUUAACCGGCUACUUGAGCGAAUGCUUUGCUGCAUGUUCCUCACAUCCCCUUUGCCAUGAUUUAUUGGCCACAAAUGGGAAACCAUUUCAACCUGACUGCAUUCCUUCACGCAGCUCAGUCACAACUUAGCAGCACGUUAGGCCAGACUGACUUUCAGCUGAAUCAAAGCGUGGCUCAGCUGAGAGCAGAGGAGUCACUGCUGAGGCACCUGAGGGGAACUGAGAACCCACAAGAUGACGGGAGGCAGACGAAAUUACGUAACAAGCAGCUGUGCAAACACAUGUGCAAUCCAAAAAGCAAUUAUUGCACAUUGCUGUGCUUUUUGAUGCUCACUCAAAGUGGUAAUGCUUUAAUUUCCCAGACAUUUAGACACAGCAUAUCACUGCCCGGCAGCUGCAGUCGACUUCCCUGUUACUAUUAAAUACAUUGGGAUAAAAAAGUCUCGCUGCUUGGCAACUCUAUGAGCUCUGCUGCUCGUGUAAAACGAUCAGAGAGCUAAUAUAAUUUGCACUUAAUAUAAAAUACAUUCCUCCUUCACCCACAUGCUUCUCUCUGACUGCACUUGCUGAUUGAGUUGAUGAAUUGCAACUGAACGUGGAUCAGCUCCCCCAGCUAAAUAAAGACGUUUAUCGUGUUUGAUGAGUCCAUAGCACAUUUAUUAUUUCAACAAAACAAUUGGGGCCAAUUGUAUUCCAGACUAUAACAGUGAUAUUUAAAACAAAUACAAAUGAUAUAUUAUGUUAUGAAAACACACAAUUCAGUGCCUCUUUAAUCACGCUUAUUUGCAGUUAUACACCCCCCGUUUCUAUCUCACUACAACCAUAUUUUGAGUGUAAUUUAAAAAAGAACAUUUAACAAUCAAAAAAGUUAAAGAUGAAUUUCACAGAUAGCAUUAACCUAUUGUCAUCUAUAAAAUGUUUCCAUUGGCAUUGUGAUAAUAUUGUUAUUGUGAAAUACUGU